AGAGUGCUUGUUUACAUUAGUUGUCCCCAUCAGAGUGCCCCUUUACAUCAGGUAUCCCCAUCACAUUGCCACCUUACAUCAGGUAUUCCGUCAGAGUGCCCCCUUACACUCAAAGUACCCCUUUCUGCCAUAUUUCCCCAUCAGAGUGCCCCUUUACAUCAUAUUCCCCAUCAGAGUGCCCCUUGCCAUCACAUGUGCCCAUCAGAAGUGCCCCUUAACAUAAAAUGGGCCCAUCAGAGUGCCCCUUCACAUAAAAUGUGCUCAUCAGAGUGCCCCUUAACAUAAAAUGUGCUCAUCAGAGUGCCCCUUAACA